CCCCCCUUGGUUUCUUACACUUCCCGUAACCAUCACCAGGACCAUUCAAAGCCAAAUCCAGAAUAUGAUCCAGAAUAUGAUACAAACCCGCAGCCUCCCAUACAGACACGCAAACGAUACCACAACAUAUUUCCGAACAGCACACCUACCCCCCCAAGCUACCUCACCACGACACACCACGACACACCACCAUGUGCGAAAUAAAACGCUACCGCUUCCCGGAGUGCUGCAACCGCGAGAAGUGGAUCAUCACCAAGAACCCGGCGUUCUGUGAGGACAUGGCUCCGGGGGCGACGUGUAGACCACAGUGUUGCCUUUUUAUUGGGGGGGUUGUUGAGGUGGAGGUGGUUUGUGGGGAGUGUGAGAGGGGGGAAGGGGUGGGAGGCAGGGAGGUGGUGGGAGAUGGAGGUAGUGAGAUGGAUGGGGUUGGAGAAACGCAGCUUGAUAGAGGGGAGGACGGGAGGGUGGGGAGGACGGGAGGGUGGGGAGGACGGGAGGGUGGAGAGGAGAAGGAGCGAGUGAUUUGCUGCAGGCAAGUAUAGAAGGGCGAAGAGGAGGGGGGCGUGAAGCUGCCAAAAAAAAAAAAGGUGACUUCUGGUUUUAUACCCGUGGCAUGCUAACAAUGGUUGCUCUGGGUAUUAGAAACACGGCCCAACGUUGAAAGCCAAGAAUAAUGGAGCACAUGAAUUCCGAUGUUUCUCUUUCGUGGAUGGCAGGGCUAACUCGAUAGCAGCGGAAAGUUCUGCGUUUCCUGAGAAAAAACCUCAGAGGAUGGCGGAGGCAAUAUUAUCAGCGACGUUGUAUCAAUAUUAGCAAUAGAGUUUUGCUGUCAUAAGACGGUAUACUCGCAUAGGAGAAUAAUUCA